GAAGCUCCUCCCAAAAAGUCACCUUUCGUGUUUUGCACACAUUAGUCAUUCCAUAAAUUACUGGACAGCUUUGAGUAAUAAUUUUAAAGUUAAAUCAACAGUUUCAGUCAACUGUUUCGAAUCUACAUCAGAGCUCGAAAUCGUAUCUAACUGAAAAAGGCCGUCUUCAUCGGAUUAAAGCGCUAAUCGCCAAGAGAAAAUUGUGCAAUGGACAGCAAGGGAAGGAAUGUAAUUGUUUGCGAUAAUGGAACCGGAUUCGUGAAAUGCGGAUAUGCCGGCAGCAAUUUUCCGGCGCACAUUUUCCCAUCUAUGGUUGGCAGGCCAAUUAUCCGUGCGGUCAACAAAAUUGGUGAUAUCGAAGUUAAGGAUUUACAUGUCGAUGAUGUUGAAGCUACUACGACAUUGCCAGAUCUUAUGGUUGGCGAUGAAGCAUCACAGCUGCGGUCAUUGCUCGAGGUUUCCUAUCCCAUGGAGAAUGGUGUAGUUCGCAACUGGGAGGACAUGUGUCACGUAUGGGAUUAUACGUUCGGAUCGAAGAAAAUGAACAUCGAUCCUACAAACACGAAAAUCCUGCUUACCGAACCACCCAUGAAUCCCACUAAGAACCGUGAAAAAAUGAUCGAAGUCAUGUUCGAAAAGUACGGGUUCGACUCUACCUACAUCGCUAUUCAGGCAGUCUUGACCCUGUAUGCCCAAGGAUUGAUAAGCGGUGUUGUGAUAGAUUCUGGUGACGGUGUGACUCACAUAUGUCCGGUGUAUGAGGAAUUCGCGUUACCACAUCUCACGCGCCGCCUGGAUAUCGCAGGACGAGAUAUCACCCGGUAUCUUAUCAAGCUUCUACUCCUCCGAGGCUAUGCUUUUAAUCAUUCCGCGGAUUUUGAAACCGUCCGCAUGAUGAAAGAGAAGCUGUGCUACAUAGGAUACGAUAUCGAGAUGGAACAGAGGCUGGCGCUGGAAACAACUGUGUUGGUUGAGUCGUACACGCUUCCUGAUGGGCGUAUAAUUAAGGUUGGUGGCGAGCGCUUCGAAGCACCGGAAGCAUUGUUCCAACCGCAUUUGAUUAACGUUGAGGGACAAGGUAUUGCUGAACUGGUAUUUUCCACAAUUCAGGCAGCAGAUAUUGACAUGCGGUCGGAAUUGUACAAGCACAUUGUUCUGUCGGGUGGUUCGACUAUGUAUCCAGGGUUGCCGAGUAGAUUAGAACGUGAAAUUAAGCAAUUGUACCUAGAACGGGUGCUUAAAAACGACAGCGAAAAAUUAUCCAAAUUCAAAAUUCGCAUCGAAGAUCCACCGAGACGAAAGGAUAUGGUUUUCAUUGGCGGCGCAGUUUUGGCAGAAGUAACCAAGGAUCGGGAUGCAUUCUGGAUGUCCAAGGCAGAGUACCAAGAGCAGGGACUGAACGUUCUGAAAAAACUGAGCGCCAGAACGAGCAAUUAGAUGUAAAAAAAUAUAAAUGUCAAACCUACCCUUACACGGUCAGUUUCCUCAAAUUGGAAAAACAUCAUGAAUGAUUCAAAUCAGUUUUAUAACCUUUCAAUUUUAUAUAUUUAAAACCUACUUUCACUCUGAUACGCGUUACUAAAGGCAUUUGUAAUUUGCUUUUGGCUAACGUGAUAGAAAAUUUAAUUUCUGUGAACUUAUUCUUUUAUCGCUUUAAGAUUUUAUUCGACUUUAAAAAAAGUCUAUUUGUCUAACAGUAUUCUGAAAAUGCUCCACAGCCAAGAGAAUAUGGCAUUUUGCAAAAUGCUUGUACUGAAGCUGCAACAGCCUGAGGUUCGCAGCAUUUUGCAAUUCCGUCACAUUUCGCUACUGUCUUUAGAUCGUCGAAAAAAACGAGGAAAUAUGUAAUGACCGUUUGAAUGCAUUUAUUAUGAAAUCAAUUGAAAUGACGUUGAAAGUUCGACCAUAGAUUCACAGGGACCUUCAAUAAUGUCAGUUGAGUGCGCUCUUGUUUUUUUCACUCAAUUCGCAUCAUAGAAUCAAUACUUAAACAAAUACAUUUUGUGUAAUUUGAAAAUUGAAUACAACGUAAAUGUUACACCAUCUGUAAUUUUUCUUCACUCAACUUUCCAAAUGUUUAAAAAAAAGAAACAUGCCAAGAAUUUUUAUUUGAUAGUAAAAAUAGUAUGUUAACUAUAAUUCUAAUUAUGCUGCUCAUAAUCGCAUUAUAAUAGUGUCAAUUUUUAUAUCAAAAACUGUUGUCGUUCCAUGUUCGCUUUAGUUCUGAAACAAAUUGUAUUUUUUUUUAUUACACGUCAACUAUUAAAUAAGUGUACGAUUAUGAGCAACACAAUAGUUUAUGUUUUCCUUUGGUUAAGAAAAUAAUAACAUGUAUGUUUUAGCUAGUA